UCUCGGUCUCUCCUGAGUCUCUUGCACUCUCGUCUCCCUCAAUCCCUCUCUCUGAAUUCCUCUCUAACCAUGAAAUAGAUGACGCACUGUCUUUUCUUCCUCUUGGUGUUCGUCCUCACGCUUUCGGCGACCACGAUAGCUGUCGAUGAUGAGGUCUCGAAUGACCGGAUCGCCAGAUUACCGGGCCAGCCGGAGAUGCACGUGGCCCAGUUCUCUGGCUACGUCUCCGUCAAUAGGGGGGCGUCUCUCUUCUACUGGCUAGUAGAAGCUGUUGGAGACGGCGGGAAGAAGCCCCUCGUCCUGUGGCUAAACGGAGGACCCGGGUGCUCCUCCAUCGGCUAUGGCGCGUUUCAGGAGCUCGGUCCGUUCCGAGUCUCCCCCGACGGCGAAACACUGGUCACCAACCCGUAUUCAUGGAACCGAGAAGCGAACUUGUUGUUCUUGGAUUCGCCAGCAGGAGUUGGUUUUUCUUCCUCGACUGACAACUUCACUCGUUAUGGAGACCACCCCACUGCCCAUGAAGCUUAUACAUUCCUGAAAGGAUGGUUCAAGAGAUUCCCAGGGUAUAAAGGCCGAGCCUUCUACAUCGCUGGAGAAAGCUACGCCGGUCAUUAUGUUCCGUCGUUGGCAGAGAUCAUUCUGAAGAAGAACUCCAGGAAAGCUAAUCCGGUGAUGAAUCUCAAAGGCAUUUUGAUGGGUAAUCCUACCUUGGACCUGGAGUUCGAACUGAAAGGCAGAGCUCUAUACUACUGGAGCCACGGUCUCGUCUCAGACGACACUUACCAAGGGCUGUCAAGUACUUUGUGCAGCUCUCCGAAGACAUAUAGAGCGAAGGCAUGCAAGCCCUACUUAACAUAUUUGCGAGAGGAAAUUGGAAAUGUGAAUCUAUUUGAUAUACUUUCGACGGAUUGUGAAGCUGAGGAGGAGGGGUCCAAGUUUUGUCUCGAAAGGAUUACCUCCAGGUACAUGAACAAAAAGGACGUGCAGGAAGCCUUCCAUGCAAUCCCCACCGCAUGGACACACUGCAGUCGCCCUAUACAACAUAAUUACAGCCAUCCUGCUAAGGAACAGUCGAUGUUGCCCACCCUGAAGCUGCUCAUCCAGUCGGGCUUGCAUAUUUGGAUCUACAGUGGAGAUACAGAUGCAACAGUUCCCUUCGUAGCCACUCGGGCUGCUAUUUCCAAGCUGCAUCUCAAGAGGAACGCAAAAUGGUAUCCCUGGGGCCAUAAUAGCAAGAUUGGCGGCUGGUCUGAGAUAUACGAAGGCAUGAUCUUCGCGACAGUCAGAGGCUGCGGUCAUGACGUCCCCAUGUAUGCGCCUGCUCAAGCGCUCGAUGUGUUCGAGCACUUUUUAGCUCAGAGGCUGUUGCCUAAGUAUAUGGAGUGA